AUCAUGGACCCGAUCCGGAGGUUGUGUGCGAAGCUGCGGUCUCUGGCAGUCACCGUGGACUGCGAGACGAUGCGGCUGCAGCGGGCGGUGGAGGGGGAGGACAACGACUUUGAAGGUUAUGCAAUGAGAAUUUUACAUGACCUUCAUUCAGAAGUUCAGACUCUAAAGGAUAAUGUCAAUGUUCUUCUUGAUAAAGCAAGUUUGGAAAGUCAAGAAAGCAUUGGUUUCAUUAAGGCAACAAAAGUUCUGAUGGAAAAAAAUUCAGCUGAUAUCAUGAAAAUAAGAGAAUUUUUCCAGAAGUAUGGAUAUAAUCAAUGUGACAAGAAAAAUUCAGAAGGUGAGCAAGAAGUUGCUGGCUCUAAACCAGAGUCCAUUAGGGAUGAAAAUCUUCAAAAGCCUGAUGUGAAGGAUGAUAUAUCUAACAAGAACAACAAUCCUGUUGUCCCAGGCAGCUCUGUUCCUGAGAAGAUUCCAUGUAGUCCACAACUUUCAGAUUUUGGACUUGAGCGGUACCUAAUAUAUCAAGUUCCACCAAACCCUCCACAGGUGGUACACAACCAAAAGGAGGAACCAAAAAUGUUAACUCCGUCUUCCAAACAAUCACUAGUUAAAGUACUAAAAACUCCAAAAUAUGCACUAAAUAUGGACGAUUUUGAGUGUACAACUCCUAAAUUAGAGCAUUUUGGUAUCUCUGAAUAUACUAUGUGUUUGAAUGAAGAUUACACAAUGGAACUUAAAAAUGUGAAGAAUAAAAGUGAUGAAGCCGUAGAAACAGAACCAGUGUCCAGUGAUAGUGCCACUACUGGUCUAAUGAACAAGCAAUUGGAAAAAAAUGAUGCCGAAUAUACAAAGUCUCCCUUGGCACCUACAUUUUGUACUCCUGGUUUGAAAAUUCCUUCUACAGAGAGCAAUACAGCUUUGGUAUCCACAGGUUAUCAAUUAUCAAAAACAAACAGUUCACCAAAUGAUUUGGAAAUGAAAGACUGUACAUCGUUAAUUUUAAAUUCAGACAAGUGCUUUGAGAAUUGUGCUGCUCCCUCUUCCCCUGUGAUUUCUUCUUAUGAGAAUCUGCUCAGAACACCCACACCUCCAAAAGUAACUACAAUUCCAGAAGAUGUUCUCCAGAUUUUAUCAAAACACAACCCAAACCUAGCUACUACUCCAGUAGCAGUUAAAGCCAUGCCUCCCAGCAAACCAUUCCUUACUAGAUGCGAAGGACAAAACAACUGAGAUGUUGGCAACAA